AUGCUGUCCGCGCCAGUAGCAGCACGCGCCCUGCGCACCAGCGGCACCAAUGCCGCCCUCAAGAAUGGCGCCCGCACAAUGGCCACAGUCCAAGACGCCCCACCCGUCCACCGCCAACGAGGCCUUCAAGACCAAGACCGCAUCUUUCAAAAUCUCUACGGCAAACACGGCGCCGACCUCAAAUCCGCCAAGAAAUAUGGCGACUGGUACAAGACCAAGGAGAUCCUCGACAAAGGCCACGACUGGCUGAUCUCGGAGAUCAAAGCCUCUGGUCUACGAGGAAGAGGCGGUGCGGGCUUCCCGUCGGGCAUGAAGUGGAGUUUCAUGAACUUCAAGGACUGGGAUAAGGAUACGAAGCCGAGGUAUUUGGUCGUGAAUGCGGACGAGGGUGAGCCCGGCACGUGUAAGGAUCGGGAGAUUAUGAGGAAGGAUCCGCAUAAAUUGAUUGAAGGAUGUUUGGUGGCUGGUAGGGCCAUGAAUUGCACUGCCGCCUACAUCUACAUCCGCGGCGAAUUCUACCACGAAGGCACUGUCCUGCAACGCGCCAUCCAGGAAGCCUACAAAGACGGUCUCAUCGGUAAGAACGCCUGCGGCUCCGGCUACGACUUCGACGUCUUCAUCCACCGCGGCAUGGGCGCCUACGUCUGCGGUGAGGAGACUUCUCUCAUCGAGUCACUAGAGGGCAAGCCAGGCAAGCCUCGCCUGAAGCCACCAUUCCCUGCCGCAGUCGGUCUCUUCGGAUGCCCAAGCACAGUGGCGAACGUCGAGACCAUCGCCGUAGCACCAACGAUCAUCCGACGAGGAGCAAACUGGUUCUCGCAAUUCGGCCGCGAGCGCAAUGCCGGCACGAAACUCUUCUGUAUCUCAGGCCACGUCAACAACCCCUGCACAGUCGAAGAAGAAAUGUCCAUCCCCCUCAAAGAACUCAUCGACAAGCACGCCGGCGGUGUGAUCGGCGGCUGGGACAACCUGAAGGCCGUCAUCCCCGGUGGCUCCUCCACACCCAUCCUGACGAAGAAAAUUUGCGACGAUCAACUCAUGGACUUCGACGCCCUAAAGGACUCCCAAUCCGGUCUCGGUACCGCCGCCGUCAUCGUAAUGGACCAGAGCACAGACGUCGUCCGCGCCAUCGCCCGCCUAUCCAAAUUCUACCACCACGAAUCCUGUGGCCAAUGCACACCCUGCCGCGAGGGUUCCAAAUGGACCGAGCAAAUCAUGUCCCGUUUCGAGCGCGGCGAGGCGAGAGCACGAGAAAUUGAUAUGAUGCAGGAGUUGACCAAGCAAGUCGAGGGCCAUACCAUUUGCGCGCUUGGAGAGGCUUUUGCGUGGCCGGUGCAGGGUUUGAUUAGGCAUUUCAGGCCCGAGUUGGAGGCGAGGAUUAAGGAUCAUGCGCAGAAGGCUGGUGGGGAGACGUUGGCGGGCGGGUGGCAGCAUGAUGCGGGGAAGCAUGGCAUGCUUAUCUCGCCUGGUCAGUAG